AUGGUUGCGCAGUUCUGGCAACAGACAGUACACAAUAUUGAAACCGAAGACCACGACUUCAAGGUGCACAGUCUGCCGAUCGCGCGUAUCAAGAAGGUUAUGAAGACAGAUGAGGACGUCAAGAUGAUCGCCGCAGAGGCGCCGAUUUUGUUUGCGAAAGGUUGUGAAGUCUUUAUCGAGGAGUUGACGAUGCGAGCAUGGCAGCACGCGGAGGAGAACAAGCGGCGCACAUUGCAAAGAUCGGACAUCGCAAACGCAAUUCAAAAAAGCGACAUGUACGACUUCUUGAUCGAUAUCGUACCACGAGAGGAAGCUGCGCAUGGACAUAGAGCAACAGCAGCUGCACCUCAACCGCAGCUACCGCCGGCUGAACCCAUAUCACCCCCAGUUGAACUUCCAGAUAUGAACAUUCAGCAGCAGGAGAACGCACUUGACGAAUAUGCGUUCGAACAGCAGGCAUAUGCUGCACGGCAAGUACCGCCAUCGCCAUCUGGAGCCUAUGUACCUCAGCAAGCUACGGCAACAUCGCCAUCCGGCGGCUUUCCGAGUGUCACUAUCCCACGGCAGGAAACCACCGAGUCCUGGGAAACGCCUGGGCUAAACGGCAUGUAUACACUAGACACACCUGGUGAAGAGAUUGCACUGCCGAACUUUGGUAACCCUGCGCCUACGCCACAACAGAACUCCUCUGGACGGGACCCACAGCCUGCGGAGCAGCAAUCGCUUCUCCCCCACCAACAGAACGGUAUCGACGAACAGCAAAAUGGUGCAGAAGAGGUAGAGCAGUAUCUGGAAGGACAAGACGAUGAGGAGGAAGAAGAGGUUGGAUUGGAAACAGCUAGUGAAGGGCAGGAAAACGCGUAAGGAAUUCGAAGCUUGAUCGCGAUUUUAAGUCUGUCGGUCUGGCACUCAAUGUUUGUGUGUUUGGACACGAAUGCGAAGCAAGUGCAGAGUAAUGAUAGGAGCUGCAGCUGGUGCUGGAACUGCCGAGCAUUGGACACGCAAUCGAUAUCGUCGCUAUAAAUUCGUACGACAUAGAUAGAGGUGAACUAUCUUUGAUCAUCAAAUCUCUC